UUUAACUCUAGGGGAGUUGGAAAAUGAGGCUAUUUUCAAAAAAAGUGGAGUGUUCCUUUAAAGGAAAAUACAAGUUUAUACGUAAAGUACAUGUUGAGCUUACAGAUUACAGAAUACAGAAUACACAUAAAGAAUGUACAGUUUCAACACAAUCCACAGACUAAUUUUUCCAGGAAUCUGUGGGAUUUAAAAUUUUUUUUUAGAUAUUACAUUUGUGAAGAAUAAGAGUGAGCAGAGUGUUUGUCCGUUUAAGGCUGCUGUAGAAACAUGCUGACGCAUAAUGGCGACUUGACAUGGAGGGGGGACCCACGGUGUAUGUGAUAAAAAUGGCUCAUUCUAAGGUUAUAAAAACAUAAUGGUUCAUGAUGUAAGGUCUUUAUGUACCACUGAAAACAUAGUUAUGUAUAUUAUAUUGCAUAUCUGUCAAUAGUUUCUCACAUUGCAAAUUUUACACAUUGAACCUUUAAAUGAAGGCUAAAAACAUUUGAUAAAUAUUACACCUACAAGUAGUAAUUGCUUGUCUGUUAAAUAUAUUGAGCUGAACAUAACUUAAAAACAGAAUAAGUAAUACAUAACAUGAAUAUGCACUAGAAAUUGACAUGUCAAGACUAAAGUAAUUUCUAUGACGUUUUACAUCACUGGAAAUCAAAUCACAGUUAUAAUUUUCCCUGAUAUUGCAGUUGCAUGACAAGAACAAACAUUGUGGCAAACAUUUCUGGGAUUUCUGUCAACAAAUUUUCUUUCCUUUUAAAAGACUGGCUGUAAGGUACUGUAAUGUGCACAAUCUUAUCUGUCAUGUUAUUAGCAUUUUUUCUCAGUUCAAAUUCAAUAUCUUUAUAGAGCUUCUCAAAACAAUGAGAUAGUGGAACCACAUUGAAAACAGACCUCUGAGCCAUUGCAGUGUCUCAACAGCUAUUCUGUCCCAGUUCUUCAGUAGACGUGCACACCUGCUCUUGUUCAAUCAAACACUUUCGCUUGGCUCAUUGGUGUUCCGGACAUUGGGUUACGGACAUAACAUACGGACACAGACCCUUUAUCUGAGGUGUUGAUUGUCAGUCAAUCAGGGGAAAUCUACUGGUUUAACAGUCACUACAUUGAAAAGUUCUGUCAGUGGUGUUGAUACGUCACUCUUUGAGUCCAUCGAGCUCUAUUCUCGCACCCACUCUGGUUUCAGUGUCUUCACACCUGGCUCUAGGAUUCACACUCUAAUCAUACACAGAAGCCCCUCCUCUAGAUGAUAACACUGACCACUUGCACACCGGCCAAUAGGAAGAAGCACGAUUACUUCUAUAAAAAGCAUUGGUUUUGAAGCUAGAGACACCAGACAGAUGGAUAACAAGAGUGAAUGAGAAGGGGAGCUAAUGAUCUGUAGGUUUCGAAAGCAUUGUCAAGUAGACGUGAAAACAAGUACUUCUGUUUGUUUUAACCUGUUGUGUUAACGUGUUUCAUUAUGAGCUCUAAUCUUGUGAAGUCUCUUGCUCGGGUUUAUGACCCCAAACCACUCCAUGCUCAGAAACGAUGCGGAAGACCCACAGCGAGAAAAGCUUCACUUUCUACCUCAAACAAACGUCUAUCUUCACCACUUUCUGAUCAGCCUUCAUCAAAACCCUCCUCAUCUUCUUCUCUCGUACAUAUUGAAGGACAAGUCAAUGAUCUGAGUGGUAAGAUGGACAAACUCCUCGCCUUGCAGGAAGCGUCUCUGAGAAGACUGGAUGCCAUCGGUCAAGAUCAAGGAACAGCUACAGGUGGACGAAGUGUUGAGCAGAUGUUGUGUGACGUGCGUAUUGUCAUAGAAAGUGUUCGAGAGAAGGAGGAACAACAGGAUCAGCGACUUGAUUCUUUGGAGCGAGUGGUCAGCAGCAUUCAACAGGUUAUCAGUUUCAUUGCUGAAGUGUUGAAACACUCGAGAUUGGCCGACCUCUUGAAAAACACACACUCAAAAUCCAGCAGCAGGUUUAGAGAAAAGGAUGGGAAGGAGAAAUCUAAAGUGUACUCAAAAGGGUUAAAAACCCAGAAGAAAAAGAAACCACUUGAUGCAUCAGACUUAGUUCAGGCUGGUUUUGAAGAAGUGCAAAAGCUCAAUCAACAGAACAAUCAGCUUUCUCAAUGCACAACAGAGACAGCGGCCAGCACAGCUGCGCAUCUGGAUCUUAUUGAAGAGGAGCAAAAAGGAGAGAGCCAUAAGGAAAGAAAGGAUGACAAACAACAGGCUGCAGUGGAAGACGAGGCAAGAGAGCAGGAAAUUGAUGCUGAAUUAUUGCAGAUAAAAGAAGAGGAUAAAAAGGAGGAAGAGGAGAGUUCAAAGAAAGAGGAGGCGAUUUGGUUAUCAGAGGGGAGCCAACUAGCUGCUCCAAAUUCAUCUGGCCAGACCGAUGAAAGCAUUACAGUCACACCAGACAGCUCUGAGGAGAAUCUGGAAACAACUGUCAGCACUAAGAGGCAUGUUGCUGACGAGACGCUGACAGAUGACCUUAAAAAAAGCCGAGUGGAGGAGGCGUCAGAGGAAGAGGAUAAGGAAUUAAAGGAGGAAGAGGAGGCAGGACUUGAAGCUGCAGAGGCGGGACCAGAGAGACCAGAGGAGGGGACAGAAGAGGAGAGGAAAGAUGCAGAGUCAGAGUCAAUCGACGAAUAUGUCAUUGAUUCUUCCCCUCCACCACCUGCACCAUUUGAGCACCGUCUAGUGGCACCCAAAACCCACCAGAUUACCAGCUACUACACUAUCAAUAAAGAGGAAGUUCUCGGAGGAGGACGCUUUGGCAUGGUGCACAAAUGUGUCGAGAAAUCUUCUGGCCUCAUAUUAGCAGCCAAGAUCAUCAAAGCCAGGAGUCAGAAAGAGAAGGAGGUAGUAAAGUGUGAGAUUGAAGUGAUGAACCAGUUGAAUCACGCCAAUCUGAUCCAGCUCUACGCCGCCUUUGAAUCUCGACAUGAAAUCAUUCUAGUGAUGGAGUAUGUUGAUGGUGGAGAGCUGUUUGACCGGAUCAUAGAUGAGAACUAUAAGCUGACCGAGUUGGACACGGUGCUGUUCAUCAGGCAGAUCAGUGAAGGGCUUCAGUAUAUGCACAAGAUGUACAUAUUACACCUUGAUCUAAAGCCUGAAAACAUUCUCUGUGUCAGUCGAGAAACAAACAAGGUCAAGAUAAUCGACUUUGGGCUUGCAAGGAGAUAUAAACCCAGGGAAAAGUUGAGGGUGAACUUUGGUACGCCUGAGUUCCUGGCUCCUGAGGUCAUCAACUAUGAAUUUGUCUCAUUCCCAACCGAUAUGUGGAGUUUAGGUGUCAUCACUUACAUGCUGCUCAGCGGCUUGUCUCCGUUCCUGGGUGAGGAUGAUAAUGAGACGCUAAAUAACAUCCUGGCAUGUCAGUGGAGUUUUGAAGAGGCAGAGUUCGCCGACAUCUCUGAGGAGGCCAAAGACUUCAUCACACGCCUGCUUGUGAAGAGCAAAAGCUGGAGAAUGAGUGCAUCCCAGUCCCUGAAACACCCAUGGCUUUCAGACCGAGCGCUUCACUUCCGUCUUCACCAUAAGAAAAACAAGUGUCACUCUUCACAUGCCCCUCCUCCAGAGGGCUAAACAGAAGUGAUCAUUGGCUCUCCUGGUGCCGUGGUGACAAACUGGACCAAUACUGUUGUACCUGAACAACUACACAUCUGUUUAAUAUUACAGUCACAUACCGUACUGUACAAUCUAUGUUACCUGCUUACCUCAACCUCAAGCUAAAACAUCAUACAACACAUUAAAAAUACUACUCCUUCUUCUUUUAACUGUCUUUUGGCUGUUGUCUUAUUAAAAAAAUACUCCAGACAGUUAAUACUACAGUGAUUUUGUCUCGCAUGUGCACUUUAUAAAAGGCCAGGAUUGGAGGAAGUAUGUUUAUGGCUGAGAGUGCAAAAGAGAAAUCAUCAUUCAUACUCUAUACGCACAAAUGUAUUGAGUCUUAUCACGGUAAUAUUCUAUACGUCACUGGUUUAUGAUAACAUUUCAUUCAUGUGAUAUUUGUGAAGGCAUUAGAAUUUGGUUUUGACUGAAAUUCACACUGGGACUACUGUACUGUAUUUUACACUUGAAAGUCUAGAACCCUUAAUGUCAAAAUCCUGCAAAUGAUCUAUGAUUUUUGAAUGUUACGUCUUUUCUGCCUUUCAGGAGGUCUAAGUGACAGAGCUUGGAGUUUGUUUGUCCGUGUGCAUGUACCUACUGUUAUCUGAUACAACUAGCCAUGUCCCAAAUACACCUCUCGCUUACCACAUUGUAUUAUAUAAUGUCAUUUAGAGGGUUUCCUCUAGGGCAAAUGUAUUGUACAAAACGAAUUGUUCACAUCUGUUUUUCUUUUGGUGACGUUUUUAAGCUUGAAAUUUGAGACUGGGAAACUGGAUCCAAGACUGGCUGUUAGAGGCAACAAUAUGGUCUUGUUCACUCCCUCUCUUUGUAGUAAACAUCUCACCUUCCAUGAAGGCAAAUGAAAAAAAAAAAAAAACAGAACACUACCUACAGAUGUAUUGUGUGUUUUGUGUGGUUCUAUAUAUAAAGAUAAUGUCUGAUGUUUACUUGAAAAGCUUUCACAGUAUAGUAAAUGGAAUAUAAACUUUACUGUACAUCAACUGAUGGCUAACAAAGUAGUGUUUUAGAUGACAGUGAAAACUAAAAAAAUGUAUUUUGAUGUGUUUGAAAAGACAUAAACAAGAAAAGAUUUAUUUAUUUUUAUGUGUUAGAUUUCACUUUCUGUAUAUGUGAGGGACUGGAUUGAGAAAGGCUGAAAUAUAAUAGCUCAAACUAACAGGACAAAUAAAAACAUUUCAAUACUUUCAUAUAUUAGUUCUUGCAUAUUGUUGUAAGUGACUUAUGGGGUGUAUGGGCCUUAGAACUUUAAAUAUUAACUAAAUUAAAAUAUAUAUAAAAAACA